CUGGAGUGAGCUCUCUGUGGAAAGGUGUUUUCUACUCCUGGAUCUCGGAUGCAGCUCGUGGAUAUGGUGUGUUCGGAUAUGGUUAGGAUACUCCUAGGGCUUUUAGUUUUAACUGCCAUCGGCUUGGCAGAGCCAGAUGAUGAAGCCACCCCAGAUUUGAAAAGAAUGCCGCAGCCAGAAGCCAAAGCAGAACCUUGGGCUUCCAAGCCGAGUGAAAAGCGGUCCGAUCAGUACGUGGAUGAAUACGAAUCUACAGAAGAAAGGAUAGAGCUUGACCACAGUCCAUUGGAUUCUCAGCGACAUAAGCCUCAACUGCAAGAUGAAUAUCAUGAGAAGCAGACGAUUGAGUAUUUGGACGAUGACAAGGCACCUCAAGCUUAUAAAUUCGGUUACGAAAUCAAAGACGAUAAACAUGGCCAUCAAUAUCGCCAUGAGGAAAAGGAUGCUAAAGGCAACGUCCAGGGUCGAUUUGGUUAUCGCGAUGCUAAGGGACAGUAUCGUGAAGUGGAUUAUGUUGCCGAUGGUUAUGGUUUUCGUGCAAAGAUUAAAACCAACGAAGCUGGUGUAAGCGACCAACAACCUGCUGAUGUUAAAAUAGAGAAGGACAAAAAUGAAGCUCUGAGCGAGUACCCUCAACAUGGAGAUAUCAGCCGUUCAGUUGUUCCAAAUGCAGACUAUAAUCAUGGAAAUGGUGGUGAAUCUGAACAAUACCAUCAACAACCACCUAAAGAACCCGGGUAUGAAAACCAACACCAACAGUCUGUAAAUUACGAAUCUCAUUCCAAUCAUCCUUAUACUGCACAAGAACCUCGUGGAAAUUACCAUCAGAGUAAAAGUGAAGUUCCUGAAAAACAUAAAGAGGAGCCCAUUGCUGCGGUUAACAGAUAUUUUGUCAGGGAAGAAGACCCGCAUGAGAAUAGCCCUUCUCUGAGACCUUACCAGAAAAAUCAUGAUGUAAUUUAUCAAAGAGAACAGCCUCGGCAGUAUAUCCCAUCCCCAAAAGAGCACCAAAGUAAUACUGAUAUCUACGACAGAGAACAACCUCAGGAGCACGAUCCUUCUCCAAAAGAAUACCAUGAUAAACCUGAAACAGGUUACAAGAGGGAACCGGUUCAUGAGGACUAUUAUGAUUCUCCUGAUAUUGUCUACAAACCAGAACCUGAACAAAUCCCUUCUCCUAAAUACUAUCAUGAUGUACCUGAAAGUGUUUAUAAAAAGAGGCAUUAUCAGAAUCAAAAAGAUAAAACCAGGAGGCCUUCCACUUAUCAAUAUGAAGUUGAUAGCAAUGAUAACAAUUACAGAUAUCCUAAACGCCCAUCUUCCGAAACUUAUCAGCCUCCUUCAAGUGAUGCCUAUACUGCUUAUGAAAAACAAUAUCCUGCCCAUAAAUAUCAAGUGCAUAUUCCUGGUGAACAUGGGGUGAAUUUGAAAGAAGAGAGACAUGCGAUUAAUGACCAUGAUGGUUACAGAAAUCCAAAUGCCGAUAAAGAUUCCGAGUACCAUUCGAAGCAUGUAAUUUUGCCUCAAACUGGACACCAAAAUGUCCACGUUUAUCCUGAUGAGAAUCCACAUUAUCAUGUCCUCAAAGAGCAGGAUUAUCCUAUUAAAGAGAGACAUGUAGUAAAAUAUGAUUAUGAUGGCGAAAAUAAAGUAGGAUACGCAGAACCAGCCAAAGAUGCCCCUAGGCACGUUCCUGUUUCUCAUCAGUAUAUUCGUGUAAUAGAAGAACCUCAUCAGCCAAUUUCUGGCACCUAUGAAAAAGAAAAUUCGCCAUACGUACACAGACCGAUCGCACACCUAAGACCUGAAUCCCAACCUCAUUCAGUAGUGGUUCUGGGUCCCAGAAAUCAAGCUCAUCCUCCACAGCAUGAGGUAGUUUAUGCAGAGCGAGAACAUGAGCAACCACGAUCAGAAGCGUAUCAUGUACUCCAGCGAAACCAUCCUGUUCAGUAUGAAGAUAAAAGUGAAGCACCAAAAAUAAGUCACAGGGAAUCUUCAAGGCAUGCUUCUAGACAUGAUGAAUCGCAACCUUUCCAGAAAGCUGUUCUUGAAUUAAAUUCUGAUGUGUAUAAAGAAUUUCUUGAAAAUAAAUCACCAGGCCGCAUUGUUGCAAUUCCUGUCAAUCAGCUAAAUAAUGGUCAUUCUGAUUCUGCUAAGAGUCACUUACAUCCAGUGUCAGAAAAGCCUCAUGGCGUUCUUCACAUUCCCCUGGAUGGCAAAUCACGAUCUACAAUUGAUCUAAAAAACCUUCCUCUGGUCUUACAAAUUCCUGGCGGGAAAGAUGCAAAUUACCAAAAACCCCAAAGAUUAUAUCAAGAACGUGUUGUAGAAGAUAAGGUGCCAAUUAUUUAUGCUCAUGCCUCAAGGUCACCAGUAGUUUCUGUCCCCAAAUCAAGUGGCAGAUUGAAUAAAAAUAAAGAAUACGAGAAGUCAAAAUGGAUACCUAUGACACCAUCAUGGAGAAACAAGUUAAGAAGGAAAUCCGAAGACGACGAAUCGCCUGCUGUCAAACAUCUUUAUCCUCAAGAAUCAAGAAUUCCUAGAGGAGCUCUGAGGCUUUCAGAUGGAGGGAUUUAUCAUAUUUUAGAAAGCGAAAGUUCAGACCGAUUAUCAAAUAUCAGGAAAAAACCAAGUAAAAGUAAAGCUACUCGCAGAGUAAGCUCACGUAGCGGAAAACAAAAGGCAAAACAAAGUGCUCGGUCUUCAAGUUAAGGUUUCUUUGUUAAGCAGGAUGAAAUGGCAAUCGAAUAUCGUUCAAAUCACAAUCACCUAAAUCAUUUUUGAUGAGAACAGUUGAAGAAUGUUUUUAUCAAUGUUAUGAUAAAAAUAAAUCGAAAGUUUUCCAAACUGUGUAAAAGAUAAUUAAAUGUGACCAGAAAAGAUAAAUGCCUAUUAAAAACGAAUUUGUUACAAGUGAAAGAAAUUGUAGGGAAUUUUCUUAUUUCGCACCGAACAGCAUUAGAAUGAUCUUCACACACAGUUUGGUAGAAGGUAGAUUAUGUUUUUCACGUAUGGAACAUUCAAAAUUCAUAAAAAAAACUUCAUAACGAAAGAGUUCGAUUGCCUUUGUCAAUUCUUCUGAGCAUUUAUUAUCAUAAAUUAAAUCUAUGGAACACAAGUAUACUCUGUGAUGAGUAGGCCGAGAAAAUCUCUUGCACCAGAUAUGUUCUACAGUAUUAAUCAAGCACAGUUGAGAUUUUCUGAAAAUGAAAAUUCAAAUCAAUGUUAAAAUUCUGUGCUUUCAUUCUGAAGCUGCUCAGAUUCGAAGUUCAUAUGAAAACUUUUAGUGAGGUGGCUAAAAUAUUUCCAUAGCUUUUUCUCUGAGCAGCAAUUUAUUGUUGUAUAUAGUAUUACGCUUUGAAUAUACCUGCCUUGUAUAAGAAUUGUGUAAU